CCAUCCUUGAUUCUUGUGGAAUAAAGAAACUAGUCGAGGACAACAAGAGAAAAGAGAGCAAAGAAGUGUGAUCAAUAAAGGGGAAACAGACGACGACGAGUGAAGGAGAACAAGAAAAAAGAGCAAGGAAAAAAAAAAAACUGAAAGCUGAUAUUUGUUUGGAUAAUUAAAGUUGGAGGAAAUAAGAUUCUCUGCAUAGUUGAAAUCAGGGCUAUCUAUUGAUUAAGCUUGUAACUUUUGAUCAUAGACGAAUAGGAGAUAUGGGUCGUGGAGUUAGCAGCGGUGGAGGGCAGAGUUCGUUGGGUUACUUGUUUGGUAGCGGUGAGGCUCCAAAACCAGCAGUGGAGAAAGCACAAGCUACACUGAGUGAGAGUAGUGUUGCUAGUAAAGAACCUUCGCCAAAGCCUAAUGCCGCUCCUAAGCCAGUAGACGUUAGCAAGCAGAUUCCUGCAGGGAUUCAUAGUAGCACCACCAACAACUACGUCAGAGCAGAUGGUCAGAGUACUUGCAAUUUUAUCACGGAUCGACCAUCAACUAAGGUUCAUGCUGCUCCCGGAGGAAGUUCUUCUUUGGGUUACCUUUUUGGUGGCGGCAGCAGCAGCAACUAAGCAACAACCAGGGUCCUGCAGCCGGGAUCGCCAAAGUGUGUUUCGAGACAUUUAUUUGUAAAAAUGUGGCAGCAAUAUGGUAUUUUGCGUCUUUGCUGCAAGCCUCGUGGGAUGUUUCUGAUUAAGGUUUUGGGUUAUUUGUUUGUAAAUGUAGCAGCAAAUUAUGGUAUUGCGUCUCUGCUGCAAGAGUUGUCAAUAGUUUUUCUACAGACAAAUAUGAAUUCGUUGGUAAAUUUGAAGUGUGAAUCGCUACAUCUUAGUUGUGUUUGGAUGCAUAAUAAUAAGCAUCUCUCAAAAAGGCUUCCUUUGUAAAAUAACUAAACCAUAUUCUUGAUUGUAUUAUUGUGAUUUUAUGGGAUUUU